GGGCCGCAGCGGCGCCGCUGAGCACGCCCGAGGCGGGGCGGGGACGGCGCGAUGCCGUGGUUCCCGGUGAAGAAGGUCCGCAAGCAGAUCAAGCUGCUGCUGCUGCUGCUGCUGCUCACCUGCGCCGCGUGGCUCACGUACGUGCACCUGAGCCUGGUGCGCCAGGGCCGCGCGCUGCGCCAGCGGCUGGGCUACGGGCGAGACGGUGAGAAGCUGAGCGGAGUGACCGAGGGCAGGGGCGUCCGCGCUGCGCUGUCCACGCACAGGGCGGAGGACUCCAGCGAAAGCCGAGAGGAGGAGCAGGUGCCUGAAGGCCGGGACCCAAACCUGCCGUUCCCUGCGGGGGCCAGAAAGCCGCCCCCCGUGAACCUCACUGGUCAGGUGCCCCCGUGGUGGGAAGAGUACAAGGGGCAGGCGAACCUGCACGUCUUUGAGGACUGGUGUGGAGGCGCCGUGGGCCAUCUGAGGAGGAACCUGCACUUCCCGCUCUUCCCCCACACCCGCACCACCGUCAAGAAGUUGGCCGUGUCCCCCAAGUGGAAGAACUACGGACUACGGAUUUUCGGCUUCAUCCACCCGGCGAGAGAUGGAGACGUCCAGUUCUCUGUGGCUUCAGAUGACAACUCUGAGUUCUGGCUGAGCCCAGACGAGAGCCCGGCGGGCGCCCAGCUGGUGGCCUACGUGGGCAAGACUGGCUCAGAGUGGACGGCACCUGGAGAAUUCACCAAGUUCAGCUCCCAGGUGUCCAAACCCAAGCGGCUCAUGGCCUCCCGGAGGUACUACUUCGAGCUGCUGCACAAACAGGACGACCGAGGCUCGGACCAUGUGGAAGUGGGCUGGCGAGCCUUCUUGCCAGGCCUGAAGUUUGAGGUCAUCGGCUCUGCUCACAUCUCCCUGUACACAGAUGAAUCAUCCCUGAAGAUGGACCAUGUGGCACACGUGCCCCAGUCUCCAGCUAGCCACGUGGGGGGGCACCUGCCGCAGGAGGAGCCCAGAGCUGACAUGCUGCGCCCAGACCCCCGAGACACCUUCUUCCUCACACCCCGGGUGGAGCCUUCCAGCCUGGAGAAUGUGCUGGAGCCCUGCGCCUACGCCCCCACCUAUGUGGUCAAGGACUUUCCCAUUGCGAGAUACCAGGGCCUGCAGUUUGUGUACCUGUCCUUCGUCUACCCCAACGACCACACGCGCCUCACUCACAUGGAGACUGAAAACAAAUGCUUCUACCGGGAGUCGCCGCUGUACCUGGAGAGGUUCGGGUUCUAUAAGUACAUGAAGAUGGACAAGGAGGAGGGCGAGGAGGACGAGGAGGACGACGUGCAGCGCCGGGCCUUCCUCUUUCUCAACCCCGAUGACCUCCUGGACGACGAGGACGAGGGGGAGCUGCUGGAUAGUCUGGAGCCCACGGAGGCGUCCCCCCCGCGCGGCGGCCGCCUCCCCUCGACCACGGCCCCCACCCCGCCGAGCCCCAGGCGCUCCCGGGCGCUGAGCUGGGCCGCGCGCCCCCCGCCCCUCCUGCUGGGCCGCGCCCCGCGCCCCCGAGCCGCGCCCGCGCCGCCCAAGGUGUACGUGACCCGCGUGCGCCCCGGGCCGCGCGCGCCCCCUCGGGCCCUGGCGCCCCUGGGCCCGCGCAGCCCCCCGCGGCCGCCCUUCCCCGGCGUCUUCCUCCGCCCCCGGCCGCUCCCCCGCAUGCAGCUGCGGGCGCCCCCCCGGCUGCCCCGGCCUCCAGGCCACAGGACCGGCCGCCCCCAGGCCGUGCAGCCGCGGACCCCUGCCCGGGCUCAGGCCACGCAGGGCAGCCGGGAGGCCCAGGCGCGCGUGCCCGCCCUCGCCGCGGCCACCGCGGGCUUGAACUCGUCGUCGGAAGCACAGCCCGUGACUUCCUUCCUGAGCUUGUCCCAGGUGUCCGGGCCGCAGCCGCCUGGGGAGGACGAGCAGGAGGAGGAGGAGGAGGCGGACGAGGACAGGGCCCCGGGCGCGGAGGACAGUGACGAGGCGGCGGGGCCCCCGCGGGGCCGCUGGCGCGAGGACGCCAUUGACUGGCAGCGCACGUUCAGCGUGGGCGCCGUGGACUUCGAGCUGCUGCGCUCCGACUGGAACGACCUGCGCUGCAACGUGUCGGGGAACCUGCAGCUGCCCGAGGCCGAGGCCGUGGACGUGGUGGCUCAGUACAUGGAGCGGCUGAACGCGCGCCACGGCGGGCGCUUCGCGCUCCUGCGCAUCGUGAACGUGGAGAAGCGCCGAGACUCGGCCCGCGGCAGCCGCUUCCUGCUGGAGCUGGAGCUGCAGGAGCGCGGGGGCGGCCGCUGGCGCCUGUCGGAGUACGUGUUCCUGCGGCUGCCCAGGGCGCACGCUGGGGACGGGGACGCAGACGCCGAGUCCGACGCGGAGCCCGACGCGCCGAGCCCUGAGCCUGCCCCCGUCGCCUCCACGCGCCCCGAUGGCCGCCCCGAGCUCUGCCGGCCGCUGCACCUGGCCUGGCGCCAGGAUGUGACGGUGCACUUCAUCGUGCCAGUGAAGAACCAGGCGCGCUGGGUGGCACAGUUCCUGGCGGACAUGGCCACGCUGCACGCCCGCACCGGGGACUCGCACUUCAGCGUCAUCCUGGUGGACUUCGAGAGCGAGGACAUGGAUGUGGAGCGGGCCCUGCGCGCUGCCCACCUGCCCCGGUACCAGUACCUAAGGCGAACCGGAAACUUCGAGCGCUCCGCGGGCUUGCAAGCUGGCGUGGACGCCGUGGAGGACGCCAGCAGCAUCGUCUUUCUGUGCGACCUGCACAUCCACUUCCCGCCCAACAUCCUGGACAGCAUCCGCAAGCACUGUGUGGAGGGCAAGCUGGCCUUCGCGCCCGUGGUCAUGCGCCUGGGCUGUGGAAGCUCGCCGGGGGACCCGCACGGUUACUGGGAGGUGAAUGGCUUCGGCCUCUUCGGGAUCUACAAGUCAGACUUUGACCGGGUCGGAGGCAUGAACACCGAGGAGUUCCGCGACCAGUGGGGGGGCGAGGACUGGGAGCUCCUGGACAGGGUCCUGCAGGCAGGGCUGGAGGUGGAACGGCUCCGACUGAGGAAUUUCUACCACCACUACCACUCCAAGCGGGGCAUGUGGGGCACGCGCAGCCGGAAGGGCUCCCGCGGGGGGAGCCCGUGACCAGGCCGCCCGCCCGGCUGCGCCCUGAGGUGGCGGCUGGGGGCCAGGCCCCGGGCCUGGUCCCGGGUGACACGGGGCGCCUCGCAGGGCACCGCCACCACCGUGCCUGGCCCUCGCGGCCACCCCGCGCCCCUCGCCGCAAGGCAGCCUUCACAGCUGCGUGGGGCGCACCGGUCUCCACACCCUGUGCGAUGAUUUCUGUGAAAUUUUGCCGUAGCGACGACAUUGUUUUCAGGAUUUCCAAGAGUUAUGUCUGUUCCGUUUUUUAUUCAGAAUGAAAUGAAAUAUUUUUUUUAGUUCUGA